CCAGUCCCUGUGCCCCGUGCCCGCCCUGGAGACGCUUCCGCUCCCUGCCCUCCGUACUCCACACUGAGCCUGGCACACAGCAGAUGUAGUGAAUGAAUGAAUGAGGGAGUGCAUGGGAGAAAGCCCCAGAGUGGUCAGCGUGGGUCCCUGCGUGAGUUGGGGUUACGGUGGGCGGGUCUCUGGCCUGGGACCCCCACGUCACCGCAUGCGUCACCCCCAGGUGUGCCACGACUCACAACUAUGACCGGGACAGGGCCUGGGGCUACUGUGUGCAGGCUUCCACCCCCCGGGAGGGCCCAGGUGGGUGCCGGGGGUCUGGGCCCGAGCGCAAGCUAGGAGGGGGCUGGGCCGGUGGUGGCGGUGAGCUUGAGGGGCGUCAGAGCUGACCUGGGGCUGGGGUCCUGCCUGGUGUGCAGGAGGGGGCUUCGGGGUUCAUCCCACUGCAGGCCUCGGGGCCUGCAGGAGUGGGGAGUGGGGAACACCCUGCCCCGCAGGUCCUGCCCUCUCGGGGGGGCCACAUAACUGCUUUGGCCAUUGCCGGGGGUCAUAGCGCCCCCUGGUGGUCAGGCUGGGCCCUGCGGCUGCACAGGAACAGCCCUGGACGUGGAGGGGGCCCAAGGGGUCCGCAGGGUGUGGUGCUGGCAGCCCCGCUUACAAGGGUCCAUGGGCACACGGAAAAGGACUGCGCUGCCUGAUGGGGGUCGGGCUUUCAGGGUGCUGGAUGCAGAGCCAGAGGCCCACUUGCCCAGGGUCUGAGAGCUGGGCAGAGGAUGUGGUGAGGAGGGGGAAGGCCUGCGCUCACUCCCAGGGCACGUACACACCAUGGCACUCAGGAGGGGCAUCUUUAAGGUGGCGAGAGUCACGGCGUGGGGAGGGAGUCACGAGGCCCGGCCGGGCUCUCAGGCACACCCCUCCUUGCUGCGUGUGCCCAGCUGCCCUGGACCCAUGUGCCUCUGGCCCCUGCCUCAACGGGGGCUCAUGCUCCAGCACCCAGGACCCCGAGUCGUACCACUGCACCUGCCCCGUGGCCUUCACUGGCAAGGACUGCGGCACGGGGAAAUGCUUUGACGAGAGCCGCUACGAGUACCUGGAGGUGGGCGAUCGCUGGGCCCGCGUGCACCGGGGCCAAGUGGAACAGUGCGAGUGUGCGGGGGGCCAGGUCCGGUGCCAGGGCACCCGCCACACAGUGCCGGCCCAGUCCUGCUUUGUGGGGAGUGGCACCGAGUACCGAGGCGUGGCCAGCACGGCGGCCUCGGGCCUCAGCUGCCUGGCCUGGAACUCCGACCUGCUCUACCAGGAGCUGCACGUGGACUCUGUGGGCGCCGCGGCCCUCCUCGGCCUGGGGCCCCACGCCUACUGCCGGAACCCGGACAAGGACGAGAAGCCCUGGUGCUACGUGGUGAAGGACAGCGCGCUCUCCUGGGAGUACUGCCGCCUGGCAGCCUGCGGAUCCCUUGCCAGAAUCCAGCCCCCGCCCACCGAGGCCCUGCUGAGCCUGCCUGGGCCCGCGGCAGCUGGACCAGCCGGACGCCAGACCUGUGGCAAGAGGCACAAGAAGAGGAGCUUCCUACGGCCACGCAUCAUCGGUGGCUCGUCCUCGCUGCCCGGCUCCCACCCCUGGCUGGCCGCCAUCUACAUCGGGAACAGCUUCUGUGCCGGGAGCCUUGUCCAUACCUGCUGGGUGGUGUCUGCCGCCCACUGCUUCUCCAACAGCCCCCCCAGGGAAAGUGUCUCUGUGGUGCUCGGCCAACACUUCUUCAACCGCACGACGGCCGUGACGCAGACGUUCGGCAUAGAGAAGUACAUCCCGUACCCCUUGUACUCGGUGUUCAACCCCAGUGACCAUGACCUCGUUCUGAUCCGGCUGGAGAAGAAGGGGGAGCGCUGUGCUGUCCGCUCCCAGUUCGUCCAGCCCAUCUGCCUGCCUGAGCCCGGCAGCACCUUCCCGGCUGGGCACAAGUGCCAGAUAGCGGGCUGGGGCCACCAGGAUGAGAAUGUGAGUGGCUACUCCAGCUUGCUGCGGGAGGCCCUGGUCCCCCUGGUCGCCGACCACAAAUGCAGCAGCCCGGAGGUGUACGGGGCCGACGUCAGCCCCAACAUGCUCUGCGCCGGCUACUUCGACUGCAGGUCUGACGCCUGCCAGGGGGACUCAGGCGGGCCCCUGGCCUGCGAGAAGAACGGCGUGGCCUACCUGUACGGCAUCAUCAGCUGGGGUGACGGCUGCGGGCAGUUCAACAAGCCCGGCGUCUACACCCGCGUGACCCGUUACGUGGACUGGAUCAGCGACCGGAUUCGGCCCCCCAAGCGGCCCGUGAAUCCCUCCUGAGACCACCCCUGGGGACAUCGUGCCUCCUGCCGUUCCCUCCUCACUGGCAAUAAACGUGUUUCCAAAAAGACCCCGGCCCACACUGCCUGUGCCGCUGCCGCCAGCUCAGCCUUCCCCGCCCCCAGGCCGUGACCCCCGACCCAGCUUUGUGGAUGCUGUGGCUUCAGGGCUGGGGCCCCCAAGCCAGCACCCCAGCUGCUCAGAGGAGAAGGGAGCCUGUGACCCCACAGGGAGGGUCUGGCCCCACGGCCUGGGCAGUCAGGACGGGGAUCCAGACGAGACCUUCUCCAGAGCAGGAGCUGUGCCCAGCCAGACCCCGCUCAGACCCUCCCCCAGGCAAGUGGGGCUUGGGUCCGGGCGCCUUGGGCUGUCCCACGGCAGCGGACGCUAGAACUUAGGACAGGUUAUUUGGGAAAACCCCUGGCUAUCAUUUUGCUUCAAGGAGGCAGCCCGCCCGACUGCAGCUCUCCCUCAGCCGUGUUUUCUAGGCGGGGAGAACUGGAGACUUCCUCUGAAGGAAGCCAGGGGAAGGGAGGAGCCCCAAUGCCAGGGUGAGUGGAGGGUAGUGGGUUGCGCCAGCCAGGCAAGACACUGUGGGUACGGGAUCUGAGAUGCCCAAAGGGCCCAGAAUCCUGGGCCAGAGGAAGCAGCACAUGCAAAGGUCCCGAGACAGGAGGCUGAUAGUGGCUUUUUUUUUUUUAUAAAUUUGUUUGUUUAUUUAUUUAUGUA